AACUACUGAGCCGACUGAUGUCAGCACCCUGACAAGUGACAUUUGUUCAUAACCUCACUUACCCAAUUUCUCUAGAAAUAAACUGCUAUAAUUUAAAUUUGCUAAUUCACACCAACUUUGUGCAUAAAUAAAAAAUGCCGCAAAACGCGAACCUAUCGGACGUCAUCACCCUCAUCAGCGACAUCAAACACGGAAAAGUGUUUAGUUCGUACGAAAUUGCCCUCAGGACCGAAAACUUACUAGAAAAAGUAAUAUCCGAGGAAAAAUGGGCCAACGCAAAAGAAUUAAUGCAGCAGAUUAAGGGCAAAAUUCAACAAGUCACGCAAAGUUUGCCCCUUGAGACGACCGCUACGAAUAUUAUGAGACACAUUUUAAAAGUAAUUAGGGAGGAAUGUGACCAAGUUUCAAAGAAAAAGGGCGAAGGGCAAUCCUUGCACCAGUUGGUCACCGCCGACCAAAGCGAAGAACGCGACUACUCAGAAUCUCACGGUGAUUUAAAAAAUUGUUUGCUCGACCAUUUAACAGAAUACAAAGUUGAGUUGGAAACAAGCACUGAAAACAUAGCGGCGCAAGCUUUGGAACACAUUCACACAAAAGAAAUCAUUUUAACUGUGGGUAAAUCGAACACAGUUGAGAAAUUUCUUAAACACGCCGCUGGACAAAGAAGUUUUCAGGUCAUUGUAGUGGAAGCAGGACCUUUAUAUCACGGACACAAAAUGGCUGCUAGUUUGGCGCUCAGUGGCAUUCAAACAACUGUCAUUCCUGAUUCCGGGGUUUUUGCAAUGAUGUCCAGAGUGAAUAAGGUUAUUAUUGGAACGCAUAGCGUUAUGGCUGAUGGAGGGCUGCGGGCAGCCAGUGGCGUACAUGGGGUAGCUCUGGCAGCUAAGCAUUACUCAGUUCCGGUUAUGGUGUUGGCACACAUGUAUAAGUUAACUCCUAGUUACGUGUGUUCACAUGAAAAAGACACUUUUAAAAUGUGCGCCUCCCCGGCUAAUAUUAUUCCGUACUCCACUGGACCCCUCUUGAAUAAAAUCAACGUGUAUAACCCCAUUUUUGAUUAUGUGCCGCCUGAACUUGUCACUCUUUUUAUAUCUCAUCAGGGUGGAAAUGCACCUUCAUACGUCUAUCGCCUCUUGUCAGAGUUGUACCACCCCGACGACUACGAACUUUACUGAACGCUUGACUAACCAACCACCUGAAAAAUAAAUGUAUGCAAAUGAAACACAAUGUAUUAUUUUUUUAUUUACUUAGAAAAUGUUGCCAUUAAAUAUUUAUAACUUAAA